AUAUUAUAAUAAAAUUGUAAUUAUAUAUAGUUAAUAAAUUAUCUUAUAUUUAUCUAUAUCGCCGGAUUACUAAAAUCAUGUUGAAUAAAGCAUCAUUAGCAAUCAAAUACUUGUUAUUUGUCUUCAAUUUGAUAAUAUUUUUAAGUGGAAUUUUACUUUUAUCGGUUGGACUAUCAAUUCACAACGUUUAUAAUCAAUAUGAACAAUUUUUAACAAAGCACUAUUUUACUGUGCCGUCUUUACUGAUUAUUGUGGGUCUCACAGUUCUAACAGUAUCAUUUUUUGGAUGCUGUGGCACAUUAAAGGAAAACAAUUGUAUGAUGACUACCUUUGGAUUUCUUUUAGCAUCGUGUUUUAUAAUGGAAAUCUUGGGCGGUUUAGCUGGGUUUAUAUUAUUGGAAAAAACACAUUCUGUUGUAACUUCAAAACUACACGAAACUAUGAUGUUUUAUAACCAAACAACGUACAUAACACAUAUAUGGGACGGACUUCAAACAUCUUUACAUUGUUGUGGAGCUGAGAAAUUGGAUGACUGGUAUCCUAUACUUGAAGACAAGUUACCUAUGUCUUGUUGUGGAUCAUAUGAUGGAGCAAUAGAUCAUCAAAAUUGUACAGCAUCUGAACCGACUAUUUACAAGCAACCAUGUUAUGUGUCAUUAUCAAAAAUUGUAAAAGAAAAUGCCAGUACGUUAAGUGGUGUUACUAUAGGAAUAGCUUUUUUUGCAGUGGGUAUAAUGCUGUCGUGUUCAUUAUCAAAGUCUAUUCAAAAAAGUUAUAAACAAAUUUAAAAUCACACAUACCUUCAAAAUACUCAAUUAAUAUAUUAUUUUUUUUAUAAA